GGUUUGCUGGUCCCAAUCAGGCAGCUUCGUCGAGAGAACAUGGUCUCGAUCUCAAUCUCGCCGCCUUGCCGAUCUUCGUUGGCCACCCGCACCCGUCCAGCCGCCUGCCCAUUGCUCCCUCUCGUUGAGACCUUGCAGCUGCACCGCAUGGACACCCAGGAGCUGUUCACAGAAGCCGCUGAGUACCUGACCUCGCGGAAGGACCUCAAGUUCGAGCGCUCGGUGCUGCUGAAGAUCUACGCUCUCUACAAAGUCGGCACCCUCGGCCCGAACAACACUCCCCAGCCGGGCUACUUUGACUUUACGGGACGAGCCAAGUGGGAUGCCUGGAAGAGCCACAGCCAUUUGUCAAAGGAGGAAGCCCAAGAGCUAUACAUCCAGCUCGUCGAUGAAGUGAGGGGUGGAGCGACAGAAUCGCUGCAGCAGGACGGCGCCUCAGGCUCGGCUAGCUCUGAGAGCGGCACCGGCGUUGCUGUCAGCACCAUGGGCGGACACCGGGCCGAAAUUGCGGAUGCCGACAAAACAAUCUUUGAGUGGGCCGAGGAGGGCAAUCUCGAGCGGGUCAAGAAGAUGAUCGAGAAUGGGGCCCCCAUCGAUGGCACCGACGAGCAGGGAAUGACGCUGCUGCACUGGGCCAGCGACCGCGAAUACCAGCCGCUCGUCGAAUAUCUCAUCGCCCGCGGAGCCAACGUCAAUGCCCAGGACCGGGAGGGCCAGACACCAUUGCACCUCGCAGCCACGGUCGAAAAUGCGCCGAUCGCCCAGCUGCUCCUCGAUAGCGGUGCCGAUCUGACCCUGGCCGAUGCCGAGGGUACCCUCUGCCAGACCUUGAUUGCCGAGAGCUCGAUGCGGCUGGCGCUGCGGUCAUGAGCGGGCGAUAGCUGUCGCCGAUGUGCAAUAUAGUGUGUUUCCGAAUGCGCGAACGACUCGACCAGCUCGGGCUCGACCGACGCAGCAUUUGGCAGCCAGCAACGGAGACGAGUUUGAAAUCCGAGCCGAUCCAAGUCGCCCCAAAAAGAGCGGCUGGGCCUGCCGGAUCGCCCUCGACAUCGAUCUCG